AUUCAAAGGAUUUCCGCUUUCGUUUCCUUCAUGAAAUUUCCUAUAAGAUACAUGUAAUAUAAUAGAAGUUACAGUCAAUUGUGGAAUAGUCGCCAGAAGAAGUCUAAAAUUUGGAACGGCAACAUUUUACACUAUUGAACAACGGUAGUUGAAACAACACCGAUCUCGUCGUUUUGAAAAUGCUAUCGCUACAACUGGUAUCUGAAUUACAAGCGGGGAGCAAUCUUGUGACACCGUUUCAGCCAUGGUGGGAAGUACUUAUCGACUAUUCCCUCUAUGGAAUUCUUCUGGCAGUUCUGCUUGGACUGGCUGGUGUAACUCUCACUGGCACAUCGGAAAUUGUCUGCAUACCAUUAUUUAGCAUCAAUUCGACGGAUCUUAGUAUCGUAUCUUACGUGAAUGCUAGAUGUUCGAGACGAUUUGGCGGUAGCUUUCUCUUGUAUUAUCCUUACAUCGCUCUUAUCCUUUAUCUGAUACUUUUGUUUGGUCAUAUACUCUCCGUGAAGCUCCCUUCGACUGCCUCAUUUCUUGAGCGUAUGUUUAAUCUUUUUGCCGACUUUAAAACACUCCAGAAUUCGUCGUCGUACUAUGGUCGCCAGGCAGUCGUGACAAAUCCAGAGGAACAGCGCAUGAGCGAUGAGACAGAGAAGGGCGGCAAGUUUUACAAGACGGUGAAAGCAGAGUUCAAGGAACAAGUUGUCGCCCUUGUGGAACGACUUAUCGUCACAUUGGCAUCAAAUCCCGGUUUCUUUGUUGUGUAUGUUGUAAAAUCGGUUAUUCUGUUUGUCGGUAGCAGUCUCGUCAUCGCUGGUAAUGUAACCUCACUUCUUUUUUUCGACUGGAUGUUGGUGUUUGACUGCGAGCUGACCGACUCCGUAGCGUUGAUAUACCAAAGUGCGAAAUGCACUGUUCCCGCCGCUCCGUUUUUGUAUGGCUUGAUGAUGGUUAUUGCAAUUUUCUCUGCCUUCAUUAUGUUGCUCACGUUUCGAGCAAUGUUCUGGUUAUAUCAAACAAGAAACUUUCAGGCAGAGUAUUUGGCGACGUGGAAACAACGGAAACACGUGUUGGGAGGGGAGCCUGGUUUUCGCGACUUUCUCUUUUGUCUCAUGUUGAUGAAGAACAACGGUACGGACGGCGAGGCUGUUUACAAUACAGUCAACUCGAGCCUUGAGAUAUACGACACGCUGAAGUUCGAGCGACAUUUUGAUCUCAGCUUUACCGUCGCUUCAGACAUCCAGUUUGAGCGUGAUAAUUACAUUUGUAAUUAUAUGUUGCAAGAGUUGGGCAUGCGCACCAAUGAGAAAGGCGAAAGCCACGGACUUAUCGAUACUCUUAGCAUAAUCUACAGCAACAUAAAAGGAGAUGCUGGCAGCAAGGAAGAAGCCGAAAACAGAUUAAGAAAAGCAUUAAUAAACGAACUUGUGUCUCAUCCGACGCGCUACAAGGACGCUAUCGACAACUACAUGGCAAGUAGUCUGUCCUUUUACGAAUACAUAAAAAGCAUCGAAGACGUCUCAUUUCGCUUCGGUGUACUGUCCGAGUGCAAUUUUGUGUUGAUUGCAUUUGCCAACUUGACACGCUCUAAGAUAGUUCUUUUACGACCGCAUGUUUGCUCGUUUGUUUACAGUCCGAUAUGCAAUGAAAGCGAACUGACUGCGGUUCGAUACUUAAAACAUUUACCGCCGCGAGAUUACAUAGCUGCGUCAGCGGUCGACGAACCAUCGGAAGAGCAGGUUGCGAACAGGAACCGUUUUUUGAAUGAUGCUAUCUACACGAAGAAGCUUCGCUUCACAGCGCUCUCAUCGUGGAAAUCGGUCGGCUCUAAGAAAUACCUGGAUACUUUAACGGCAAUGCUGCCAAAAUAUUUGACAGGGACGGAAGAAAUUUUCGAUAAAGAAGAUGGCUCUCCGAUUAACCGACCCGUCUGUUCGCCCAUCGCGUUGCUGAACGACAUCCUACAUGAAGACAUUGUAGAGGAUGAAAUGGAGUCUGGCGAUGAUGAUGGGUCUAUGGGCAUCGAAGGAUAGUACGAUUUGUUGUCUUGUUCGUGCAUAUUGAAAAAUAGAUUUACAGCCUUAGCUCUUCAUUUUCAUAAAAUAUAAUUGUAUUAGCAA